AUGACACAACAAGUAGACGACGAGCCUCGACCAGCGACUAGCGACUACCCAACUAGGGAUUGUUUCGUCGUCGCUUCAGUCACGAACGCCUUGCUUCUGGUCGGUAUCACACACUCGCCCUCGCACAACUCCAGUAUUCGGCACCACCGCUUCUCUCUGUGGUUUCCGACAAAGGCAAGACUCUCGUACACACGCAGCGCAGACGACUAG